UGCAGCAUGUGUGAUCAAGCAGAGGAGGACCAGUGUCAGCUGAUUAGAACACAUCAGCUGCCGGCUUCUUGUGUUAGAGCUGGACUUGUGUUUGAGGGCAGUGUAUCGGUUUUUUAACCAAUAUGUGGCGAAGACCCGGAACUAUCAUCAACAAGUCGAUUAUGCGAGUUGUCCUCUGGAUGCUCCACCAAACAUGGGUUCAAUAGGUAGGAGUGUGUCCGGACCACAGAGAUGGCUUUGCUAAUGGAGCACCAGUUCAGACAGCUGCCAGCUGACAGACAGGUGGAAACAAGACCGUUUUUGGAGGCUGUGUCAUACCUUCCACCCUUCUUUGACUGCCUGGGCUCUACCAUUUUUGCUCCAGUAAAGGCUGACAUAGCUGGAAACAUCAUAAAAAUCAAGGCGGUUUAUGAUAGUAACCCUGCGCGGUUCAAGACGCUCCAGCAGAUCUUGGAGGCAGAGAAGGAGAUGCAUGGAACAGAAUGGCCUAAAGUUGGGGCGACAUUGGCACUUAUGUGGUUAAAGAGAGGUCUACGGUUUAUUCAAGUCUUCCUCCAGAGCCUGGCAGAUGGUGAAAAGGAUGACAGCAAUCCAAACCUUAUUCGAGUCAAUGCCACCAAAGCUUAUGAAAUUGCCCUGAAAAAGUAUCAUGGCUGGUUUGUGCAACAGCUCUUCAAGGCAGCUCUUUUUGCAGCUCCUUAUAAGUCUGAUUUCCUGAAGGCUCUCUCUAAGGGUCGGGAAGUCAAAGACGAGGAGUGCUUGGAAAAAAUCAGAAAAUUCCUCGUCACAUUUUCUGCCACUGUGGAUGCUAUUUAUGAGAUGUACAAUAAGAUGAACGCUGAUCUCGACUACACAGUGUGACUGCAGGACGUUCCUCUAUCCUCCAGUGAUCCACUAAGUUUACAGCCAUUUACAUUCUGUGGUCUAUACCCUGACAUGGCUUCCUGCAGGUCACUUGACAGCUCACUGCGGGAGUGUCUUUUUAAUACUCUGCUGCUUCACACCAACUGUUUAUGCACUUUUAUUACAUCUGUGUGCCUAUUCUGGCUUUCUCAGUGCUGUUUGACUCUGGGGCAAAACAGCGACACAUUCAAACUCUAUAAUUCUCUGAGUCAUCUCUCUUCACAGGAAAUUAUAUUUAAAAGUACAGGUAUUGCCAGAUACUUAUGUGCAUUCAUCUAAAGUACUAAUGAGUGGUUAUAUCAGGAGUCAAAGGGUUACUUACUCAUUUAUUUUGAGCCAGGACUGAUCUGAAGAAAACAAGUGAUGUGUCUGAUGUCAAAAUGUUUAAUGAACCACAUCACAUCCCAUCAUCACGAUCUAACUGAAUAUAAAUCACAUGCUCAACUUUGAACCAUUUCAAGUAUUUUUUCCUUGUACCAUGAAUUUAUGCAGUAGAUCUUGAAAGGAAGACUUUCUAUUUUUUCUAUGCAAAAGGCUGCCCCUCAUAAAUAUGGUUCUACAUCCCAGCCAACAUAAGAGCUGCAUUUAUUUUUAGAUCAUACAAAAGUCAGAAAAUAAUAAAACAACUGUUGUGGCUAGAGUAGAAUAAUGAUAUUGUUAGUUGUCCAUGUUUCCUAGGACAUUUUAAUAUCUGUUUUACUAUUCAAGACCUUUUUAGCUUUUAUUAAAAUAGCCUGAGAUAAUUAUUCAGCACCGAGCAAGACAUAAGUAAUUUAUUAAUUACAGUGACUUCACAUAAAUACAUUAUACUAAGAUAAUUUUUGAAAGGUUCACAAAAUACAAGUAGAUAUAAACCAAUGUUGUUAGCAAUAUCAAAUAUUAGAAACCCCUUUGUGUCCUAAACUGGAGGCACAGCGUUUCUGACUGUGACAGCAUUUCCUUAAGAUCUUUAUGUUUUUUUUUACAUGCCACUUUGAGUGAACAAGGCAGGCUUUUAAGAAAACUGCGAGUUAUUACUGAAGGUGUGGUCAGCCUCUUUCAUACAUGUAUGCAGUGUAAGGAUGUACUGUUGUCCAAAGAAAAUACUUUUCUAUCGUCUCUACAUUCAGGUUUCGGCAUUAUGUGUUAUUUCUUUAAUUUUCACUGUCUGCUAAAAUAAAGAGUUUCGUCAUGACUAGUUGCCUUAUACACUUAUAUUGAUACAAUGUGAAGCAUUAUCAAAGGUCUAUAAACCUUGUAAAGGGGUAAUAUUGGUGGCCUUUGGUUUAUCAAUACUGUUUUAAUGCAAAUCCCAAAAGUACCAUCUGAUGUCUUUUGAGACUUAUGUUGCAGAGUGUGUAUUGUGAAGAAGAACAAAUCCUGUAUAACAUAUACAAACCAAGAUUUGCAAUAAAAUGUAUGCAACAAAGUUUUUUCUUAA